AAACGACCACCGUGCUUUACUAUUUUUUGUUGUGUAGUUAAGUUUAUUAAUUGCAUUUUAAGAAUGAAAGAACGUAAAAACUGGUUGUUUUAAGAAAAAAUAAAUCCAAUGGAUAAGACUGCAUUGAGUUAUAUUUGGAAAUCUAACAUUUAACUGCUCAUCUUGCCAUGGGUAUUGGUGGAAGUAAACACAGAGCACGAAACACGCAGAUGUCAAGUGUUAGCAUUGAUCAAGAGCCUCCUCCAAAACGACAAAAGGUUGAUUCAGCACACAGCUCCAACUUCAACAGCAACUCCAUAGAAAAAGACAUGGCAAAAAAUGGUGUUGAAAGUGAAAUGGAUGAGGGCCUGUACUCAAGACAACUGUACGUGUUGGGUCAUGCUGCCAUGCGGCGCAUGCAGUCCUCCAACGUCCUUGUGUCUGGUAUGAGAGGGCUGGGCCUGGAGAUUGCCAAGAAUGUGGCCCUCGGAGGCGUCAAGUCCGUCACUAUACAUGACAAGGGAACUGCUGCAUGGGUGGACCUCUCUUCACAGUUUUUCCUGCGUGAGGAAGACAUUGGUAAAAAUCGAGCUGAAGUAACCUUGCCAAGAUUAGCAGAGUUGAACAGUUAUACACCCUGCAACUGUUAUACCGGAGAAUUGAAUGAGACUUUUCUGAAAGGCUUUCAGGUAGUGGUGUUGACAGAUUCUAGUCAGGAAGAGCAGGUUUGGGUUGGAGAGUUUUGCCAUGCCAAUGGGAUCAACUUUAUUGUAGCAGGAACAUGCGGUCUAGCGGGUAUGAUUUUCUGUGAUUUUGGUGAAGACUUUGUCUGCAAUGAUGUAGAUGGGGAGCAACCAAUAAGCAACAUGAUAGCUGGGGUUACCAUGGACACAGAGGGUGUGGUCACAUGUCUGGAUGAGACUCGCCAUGGUUACGAGGACGGCGACCAUGUGUCUUUCACCGAGAUUCAGGGCAUGAGGGAACUUAAUGGACAUGAACCAUUCAAAAUAAAAGUCUUAGGACCAUACACAUUCAGUAUAGGGGACACAUCAAAGUUUACUCCAUAUACUAAAGGCGGUGUUGUAACCAAAGUUAAGAUGCCCAAGAAAAUUAAGUUUAAAUCAAUCAAGGAAGCCCUGAAUGCCCCAGAGUUUGUGUUGACAGAUUUUGGCAAAUUUGACCGUCCAGGUCAACUUCACAUUGCUUUCCAAGCCCUGCAUGAGUUUGUGAAAAGGAAGUCACAGUUGCCUGUUAGUCGAAGCAAGGAAGAUGCCACUGAAUUCCUGGAGAUCUGCAAGGAAGUGAAUGCCAAGUCUGGGGCCAAGGUGGAGAGCUUUGAUGAGAAUCUUAUUCGAGAGUUCUCCAUGGGGUCACGGGGGGACCUGUGUCCCAUGGCAGCUGUCAUCGGGGGAAUCACUGCACAGGAGGUCAUGAAGGCCUGCUCUGGCAAGUUCCACCCAGUGAACCAAUACCUGUAUUUCGAUGCCCUGGAAUGCCUACCGGAAGACAAGGAUACAUCCCUCACUGAGAGUAACUGCGCUCCGCAAAACAACAGAUACGACGGACAGGCUGCUGUAUUUGGACAUGAUUUCCAGAAAAAACUCGGUGGUCUCAAGUACUUCUUGGUGGGUGCUGGAGCCAUUGGCUGUGAGAUGCUUAAGAACUGGGCCCUGAUGGGGGUCUCGUGUGGCGAGGGAGGCCAGACCUGGGUCACAGACAUGGACAUCAUCGAGAAGUCAAACCUCAACAGGCAGUUCCUCUUUAGGACCUGGGAUGUCUCAAAACACAAGUCAUCAACAGCAGCUGCCGCAGCCAAAGCCAUGAACCCAAAGUUCAACAUCACACCACAGGAGAACAGGGUCGGGGUCGACACCGAGAACAUUUACACGGACGAGUUCUUUGAGGGUCUGGACGGUGUGGCCAAUGCCCUGGACAACGUGGAUGCGAGAAUGUACAUGGACAGGAGGUGUGUCUACUACAGAAAACCACUGCUGGAGUCUGGUACUCUAGGAACAAAGGCAAAUGUACAGGUGGUGAUACCGCACCUGACGGAGUCUUACUCGUCUUCUCAAGACCCCCCAGAGAAGUCCAUACCGAUCUGUACACUGAAGAACUUCCCCAACGCCAUCGAGCACACCCUGCAGUGGGCCAGGGACACCUUUGAGGGCGAGUUCAAGGGGCCAAUAGAGACCGCCAAGCUGUACCUUGAGGAUCCAAAGUUCAUUGAAAGGACACUGAAGCUUCAGGGGACACAACCCAUUGAGACAUUGGAGACAGUGAGAAAGGUGUUGGUAGACAACAAGCCGUCCAGUUUUGCAGACUGCGUGUCCUAUGCCAGAAUGUUAUGGCAAGAGAACUACCACAACCAGAUACAGCAGCUCCUCUUUAAUUUUCCACCUGACCAGACCACAAGCUCAGGUGCUGCUUUCUGGUCAGGACCUAAACGCUGUCCACACGCGCUCAAAUUUGAUAUCAACAAUCACACACACAUGGAUUUUGUGGUUGCUGCAGCCAAUCUAAAAGCAGCGAUAUACGGUAUCAAACAAGUGAGGGACCUGGACGCAGUAAAAGACAUGGUACAGAAAGUGGAUGUACCAGAGUUCAAACCAAGGUCUGGUGUGAAAAUCUCUGUCACAGAUGCGGAGAUGGAAGCCAGUAAUGGAAGCAAUGGGGCGUUUGAUACUGAAAUGCUGACAAAAUUGCAAGAGAAAAUCCCGAGCCCAGAUAAGUUACAUGGGAUGAAGCUGACUCCCGUCGAGUUUGAGAAGGACGAUGAUACCAACUUCCACAUGGACUUCAUUGUGGCCUGUUCCAACCUGAGAGCUGAGAACUACGAGAUUGCCCCAGCAGACAGACACAAGAGCAAGCUGAUUGCUGGCAGAAUUAUUCCAGCCAUUGCUACGACAACAGCCAUGGUUGUAGGAUUUGUUUGUCUGGAAUUAUACAAGAUUGUGCAAGGACACAAAAAGAUGGAGCUGUACAAGAAUGGUUUCUGUAACCUCGCACUGCCAUUCUUUGCAUUUUCUGAGCCUAUUGCUGCUCCGAGGAAUAAGUAUUAUGACAAGGAAUUCACACUGUGGGACAGAUUUGAGGUGCAAGGAGAUAUGACCAUGCAGGAAUUUAUUGACCACUUCCAGAAUGAUCACAAGCUAGAGAUCACCAUGCUGUCCCAGGGCGUCACCAUGCUGUACUCAUUCUUCAUGCCCCCAGCCAAGAGGGCCGAGAGGAUGGGGCUGCCGAUGUCCGAGGUCGUGAAGAGGGUGUCUAAGAAGAAGAUUCCGAGCUACGUGAAGGCCCUGGUGCUGGAGCUAUGCUGCAACGAUACCGAGGGGGAGGACGUGGAGGUCCCAUACGUGCAGUACAAACUGCCAUAGACACAGCCCCUUGGCUCCCUAUUCCACUGCUCUCACACACAAUCACUACACUCAUGCAUUGGUUCUGGGAAAACUGGGCUUAAUGCAUGUGCGUAAAGUGUCAUCCCAGUUAAGCCUGUGCAGUGCACACAGGCUAAUUAGGGUCAGUACUUUAAAUAGUGGUGCUUAACUGUAUCCUAAUAGUUUUAGCCAUUUUGCUGUCCGUCAAAACUGGAUGUUUAGAAGACUUCUUUUAAAUGAAUAUUUCUGUAAAAGUGGAAAAUUGUGUCCAGAUUAGCCUGUGCAGACUGAACAGGCUAAUAAUGGACGAUACUUAAAACACUUGCAUUUAGCCUAGUAUUCCCAGGACAUGGCUCACUAGAUGUGGUCACUGACAAGUAGUGCUUUAUCAGUGGCAGACAUGGCCCACUAGAUGUGGUCACUGACAAGUAGUGCUUUAUCAGUGGCAGACAUGUGGUCUUCAAUUGGUGUUGGAAUAAACUGUAGUGGUCAUGCUUUGUGAUCAUUCCUUAUUGUGACAUUUAAAAAUGAAGGUUCAAUGAGUAGAAGACCAUCUUUUUCAUACGGUUUAUGUUAGGCAAAUUACUCUUGAUUCAUUUUGUUGAUAUUCAAUAACAACACUUGUAUAAGGUAUAUAGAAAUCGUUUAUCCUGCAUAGACAAAUAACUUAAAUUUAAAACAAAAAAUUUCAUACAUUGUGUAUCUCAAACAGUAACAAAAUUGUUUGAAAAGGCUAAGAAAGUGUAUGUGUUGUUGAAACAAUUCAACUUUGAAAUGUGAUGUUUGACUGUAGUAAUUUAUAAAUGUGUAUACAUCAAAAGUGCUAUGGAAUUAAAUGUGCUAUGUCUUGUGUUUUGUAAUGUGUGAAUCUUGUGUUUCAGGCAAAACUGCAAAAUUUUAGCAUGAACAGUGUAAACAGAAUUUUGUAAAAAAUUAUUUAGCUAUGAUGAAAUUCAUCCGAUGUUUUUGUGUGGUAUUUGAAGAAUUUUCCUUUAUUUAUUGAGUCAGUUAAAAUGAAUAUUUACUAAGGUCUUCUUAAAACUGUUCUUUCCAGCAAUUUUUGAGUGUUGUUUCAUGUUUCACAUUUAAAUGUUGUAUGCAAGGCUUGUGUAUUUGUUACUUCUUAGAUUUACACAUUUAUUCUUUCUUGGCUGUAAUUGGCCAUGUGUAUUCUAUGAAAAUAAACAUUGAAAUAGC